AUGGCAGCCGCUCCAUCUCGACAAACCCAACGAAUACAAAGGGAUUUAAGGGCAUUAGAUGAAAACCCGUUACCAUUCAUUCAAAAUCUAAACUUAACAUUUAACGAUGGUAUGAAUCAAUUGACUGGCAUAUUAAUUGGCCCUGAUAAUAGUCCAUAUACUGGUGGUUAUUUUCGUUUUAUAAUAAGUUUUCCACCUGAAUAUCCAUUUAAACCACCUGACUUUUGCUUUCAGACAGCUAUAUGCCAUCCAAAUGUUCAUUCAAAAGAAGGUAAUGCAUGUACCGAUCAGCUUAACGCUACAUGGGCACCAAGUGUUACACUCAGUAAAUUAUUUACUGAAAUGCAUUCAUUAUUGGCAAAACCAAUUUAUGAAAUACCUAUUGAAGAUGAUCCACUAACUGGCAAAGGUCCAGAAAAAGCUCGUUUAUGGACAGCACAAUUCGCUCAACCAUAA